AUGGACAUGCAAUCCUUUUACAUGUCCGUCCCCCACCAGGGUGGUCUCAGGGCUCUCCGCUUCAUUCUGGAGCAAAUGCCCGAACCGUUCCUACCCACCACCACCACCACCAUCCUCCGCGUGUCCGAGCUCAUCCUCCCCCUCAACCCCUCUUUUGACUCCUAUCGUUUUCUUCAGAGUUGGCAGGAAGGAGUUGAUUUGUGUUCAGGGAUAUAUCAACACCUGAAGGAGUAUGUGCCUCUAGUGUUUUGCUCGGGAUCGGAAGCCAAGUCACCUGAGGAGAAUCAGGCGUAUCAAACAUUACUACAAAGCUUGGAAUGGUAUCUGUUCGGAGAAAACCCAGCAGAUGGCUUUGCAAAGCUGGAACAAAGCAGCAGUUCUUCACAGCUCUGUGGUCGAGUUUUCAAAGUGGGAGAGACUACAUAUUCCUGCCGAGACUGCGCUAUUGAUCCCACUUGUGUACUAUGCGUGGACUGUUUCCAGAAUAGUGUUCACAAAAAUCAUCGGUACAAGAUGAAUUCUUCCAAUGGAGGUGGGUUUUGUGACUGUGGAGAUGUUGAAGCCUGGAAGACUGGACCUGCUUGUAAAAUGCAUGAACAUGGUGUGUCAGAGGACUCUGCGUGGUAUCGGGGCUGGGGCCAAAAUUAUUUAAAAUAUAUACAUGACUUGAAUGAAGAAGCUGAAUGUCGUAAAGCCAAGUUUGUGGGUCGUAUAAAAAUAAGUGGAAGGGAGAAGACAGAUUCCUAUUUCUGUGUUCUGUUUAAUGAUGAGCAGCACUUGCUUGAGCAUGUCAUUUAUUCACUCCAGAGGUCACUAGGCUGCUCACAAAGAGAAGCACAGAAUCACACCACCUUGAUAGAUAAAGAGGGUCGUAGAGCAGUAAAACAUGGAACACUGCAGUCAUGUGAAGAGACAAAGUUACAAGUUUUUAAUAUUACAAACAGUGUAUUCCAGUCACCCCUACAUGCUGAAAUUCUUCACUCAAGUGUUGUAUCCCAUCAGACCUUUGCUUUACGUCUUCUCUCCUGGCUCAACCAAGUUGUCAGUAACUCAGCUGGAUUACGUCAGAUUUUCUGUGAGGUGGUACUUAACCAAGAACCAGACUCUAAUCAACCUUGCCUGAUCAGCAAAUUAAUGUUGGCUGAUGCCAAACUUUGGAAAGGAGCACGCAAAGUCUUCCAUGAACUAAUAGUAUGCAGUUUGCUGAUGGAAACAGAAUGCAAGAGACUCUUUGCUAUUGAAUUUGUCACUCACUACAAGCAACUUCAGUUGGAGUUUGUGGAGGAUGAUCAUGACCGCAAUGUAUCAGUAACUACACAGUCUGUUCAAAUAUUCACUGUCCCAACACUGGCUCGUCAUCUAAUUGAAGAACAUGAUGCUCUAAAAAUCAUUGUCGAAACAAUAAUCGAGCUGUUUUCUGAGCAUAUGGAUAACGGAAAGCUUCAUUUUCAGAGUUACUCCCCGGAUAAAUUAUUCAGGAAACAAAUGGUCUUAUAUGAUCUUAAGUAUGUUUUGAUCGGCAAGCCACCUCUGUGGACAGACAGGCAAAGAGAGCAUUUCCUUGAAGGUUUUAAAACAUUUUUGAGGCUAUUAAAAACCAUGCAGAAUAUGGAGCCAAUGAGUCGACAGAUUGGGCAGCACCUUGAGAUAGAAUCUGAAUGGGACCGGGCAUUCACUAUCCAGAUGCCCCUGAAAUGUAUUCUGACCAUGAUUCAGGAAUGGUGUGCAUCUGAUCUGAUCCUUGUUGCAUUUUGUUUUUCUCGAGGGGAGCGGUAUGUUCCAGGAGUGGGCCAUGUGAAGAAAGAUGAUGUCACUUUGAGGGAAGUGAUCCAUUUACUUUGUAUUGAGCCAAUGCCUCACAGUGAACUAGCAAAAUCGUUACCUGAGAAUGAAAAUAAUGAAACUGGUUUGGAAAAUGUUAUACAUCAGGUGGCCACUUUCAAAAAGCCAGGAUUGUCUGGGCAUGGUGUAUAUGAGUUGAAACCGGAAUAUCUGAAACAUUUCAAUUUGUUCUUCUACCAUUACUACAAGUCACAGCAGACAAAGGCUGAGGAUGAACAGAAGAAGAGGAAAAAACAAUCCAACAGCAGUGAAGCCCUUCCACCUCCUCUCCCUCCUCCAUUCUAUUCCACGUUUGUGACGGUCAUAAAUGUUUUGAACUGUGAUGUUUUAAUGCUAAUCCUCCGAACAGUUCUUCAGCGGGCUGUGGAUUCCGCAGGGCGGUUGUGGAGUGAAGCAAUGGUACAGAAGACUCUUCAUCUUAUCUGCAUGGCAUUACAAGAGGAAAAGAGACAGCUAGAGGGUGGAGUUGCAGAGGAAGAUGUGAACUUUGAUGUUUAUCUUAAAGCAACAAGAGUAGGCAGUUCUGCAGUGAAUGCUGAGAGCAUCCUGUCACUUCUAGAGAAACUAAGAGGUGUCCAACAAUUAGAUGCCCAGAAGGAUAUGAUUAUCUGGACUCUACAGAUGUUUGAAACUGUGAAAAAGCUGAGGGAGAAAUCGAGUCCAUGUUCAGCAACAGAAGCAGCCAGUCAAAAGGCAAAUGAGACUACACAGGACAAAGAUAAAGCCGAGCGUAAACGGAAAGCAGAGGCUGCCAAAUUAUAUCGGCAGAAGAUUAUGGCACAGAUGUCUGCAAUGCAGAAAAACUUCAUUGAAUCAAACAAACACCUAUACGAGAAGGCAACAGAAGCACCAAAACAAGGGACAGUCAGGACUGAAGUAGAUAGUACUCCAACCGCUGAGGAUUCUGGUGUGGCAUUGGGACCGAUGCAAGGUGCAACUGCAGCUGAGAAAAUAACACUGACCUGCAUUUUGUGUCAGGAAGAGCAGGAAGUGAAAACUGAUGAAAUGGCCAUGGUCCUAGCAGCAUGUGUUCAGAGAUCCACAGCGCUGUCAAAAAGUAGAUCUCGAACUAUAAUGAACCUAGGAGAUGACUGUGACCCUAUAAUCAUGCACCCUGACCUAGGCUGUGGUACACAUGUAGGAAGCUGUGGCCAUGUGAUGCAUGCCAGCUGCUGGCAGAAAUAUUUUGAAGCUGUGCAGAAUUCAACACGUAACAGGCUCCAUGCUGAACUGCCGUUUGAUCUGGAGAAUGGAGAGUUUCUUUGUCCACUGUGCAAAGCUCUGUGUAACACUGUUAUGCCAGUUAUUCCACAGCAGGCUCGCAAUCUUGAUAGCAAAGACACAGAAACUAUAGCACAGAUACUGACUUUAUCUCGCUGGUUACAAAAUGUAGCAGCACGUUUAAUUGGACCAAAUGCUUCGGACUCGAAAGAAAAAGAAAGCAACUUAAUUCAAGCAAGCCCAAUUGCAUGGAAAGAUCCUGUAGAAUUUAGAUCCAUCCUCAGCUUUGGAGUACAGUCACCGAUCAUGUAUUCUAAAAGCAUUGUUGAAAUACUGCAGUUGUUCGCUACAGCCGUGUACCGAGUAGGUUUGAAGGUCGCUCCCAAUGAAGCUGAUUCUAGAGUUCCGUUGAUGGCAUGGAAUGCUUGUGCCUUUACCAUUCAAUCCAUAGAGAAUAUUCUUAUUGAUGAGGACAAAGUUUUGUUCGGAUCACUACCAGACAGACAGGGUCUUAGCCUGAAAGCAGUUCUACAGUUUGCUGCUUCUCAGAGAGUGGUGGCAUCAUCCAGAGUUAUCCAGAAGCACCUGACCCGGUUAAUGUCAGUUUUUCUGCCUCAUCUGGAUGUUGAAGAUACUUGGUCAAUCCUGGAUAUUGACUUUUUCCACCUUUUGGUAAGCCUAGUUCUAGCAUUUCCUUCAUUGUAUUGGGAGGAGACUGUGGAGCUACAACCUUCAGACAUCAGCUGUGCCUUCAACAACCUCUACCUCUUCCAUCUGGUCACCAUGGCACAUAUUGUGCAGAUACUUCUUACCUCGACAACAGGUUGUCCUAUGGAGCAGGAUGGAGAGGAGACUGAGGAGUCUCAGUCUGCAGCAGAACUGUAUGAAACUCUUCGAGAAUACACGAGCAGAUCUUUAGAAUAUAAGCCCCAUGGCUGGUACCUAUGGCACUGUGUGAAGUGUGGCAUUGUUCCAUUCCUUCGCUGUUCUGCCUUAUUCUUCAACUACUUGCUUGGAGUACCACCUCCUGAGGAGCUGUCAAAGGAUUCCCCUGAAGGGAAAUUUGAAGCCUUGUGUCUUUACUUGGCGUUGCCUACCAACCUUUUCAAACUUUUCCAGGAGCACAAGGACAUAUUAUCUCCUUUGCUACAAAGAUGGUGUUCUGAUUCUUCAGUACAAAGCCUUCUCAAAGGAGAGCGAGCAACAGUCCGGUAUCCAAGGGAAAGAAACCAAUUAAUGGAACUUCCAGAAGAUUACAGUUGUGUUCUGAAUCAGGGUUCUCAGUACAAGUGCUCGAGAUCCUCUGAUGAUGAGACCAAGAAUUUAGCGCUCUGCAUGUUCUGUGGAGCCAUGCUGUGUUCACAGUGUCGAUGCUGCCGGGAGGAAAUAAACGGAGAGGAAGUUGGAGCCUGUGCAGCUCAUGCCAUAAACUGUGGAUCUGGUUUGGGCAUGUUCCUCAGGAUACGGGAAUGUCAAGUGCUACUGCUGGCAGGGAAAAAUAGAGGAUGUUUCAUACCUGCUCCCUACCUGGAUGAUUAUGGGGAGACUGAUCAGUUGCUUAAGAGAGGUAACCCCUUGCAUCUGUGCACUGAGCGAUACAAGAAACUCGAGCGUCUGUGGCAGCAGCAUCGCAUUCUGGAGGAGAUCACAAGAAACCAGGACACAAAUCAAAUAGUCUUCGGUUCUGAGUGGCAGCAAUUCUGAAUACAGUAGCUGACCCACCAUGCUCGACAGCAGAAACACCACUAACCUGCUGUUAGGAUAACGUCAAAGGCUAGCCUCUGAGCUGAUUAAAUUGAUGUGGACUGCUUUUAAUCUACUGUCUAUAAUCCAGUUUCAGCAUUCGGAUCUUAUCCACAGGGAAGCCAACUUCUAUGGUAGCUUCUGGCCUUUUUUGUACAGCCUGUCCUUUGGGACAAAAUCUACUAGGGUGCUGUAGACUUUCAUAGGGACUGGGGAGGGUCAUUGGUGUUGAUUUGUCAGUGAGGAAGAGACCUGAUCGUGCGGGGGAAAUAUUAGAAAUUUGAAAAUAUUAACGUCAUUCCUCCUUUACCCCUCUCCUCUAUGCAAGCUACUUUCUUUGUUGCGUACUACACCACAGGGGAAGGCAUGUCACUGUUGUCAUGACUAUUUCAAUGUGAAGAGCAUUUGAAGUAGUGAGAAGCCAGAACCACCAACUGUGAUAUUAGUACCUCUCUUCUAUCUAAUGCUCCAUCCUGUUUACAAUAAAGGCGUAAAAUAAAUUUACAAUACACAGCUAUCUUCAGAGCACAUUUGGUACCUGGGUAAACAUGUAGUUUGAUCACUCAAGGAGUUGAGAUUCACAUUUAUAUCCUUAUAAAAUUCUGCACUGACAGGAACAUUUUGAUCAAUUGAAUGAAUUUUGAGGAGUAAGCAGCACUUUGCAGUUAGAACUGUAUCCAGUUUUGCUGAAAUUCUCUCUGAAAAUCAAUUUUGUUUAUAAUGCAGAAGAUACCCCCCCCCAAACACUUCUCGGUAAGGGUUAAUUCAGCUUCAGAGUUAGUGCUGACAAUGUUUGGAAAAAUUGAGGAGGGCCUGAUGAAGCAGGGGAGCUUGUUAUCCUCUGUUAAAAUUCAGCAAGAUUAAACCAUUGUAACCUGAGAGAGGAUGGUAGUAUUUGCAUUUAACAAGUGUUUAAGGUUCUGACCAGUUGCAGAAAGGUUCAUAUUGUAAAAAUCUAUUAGAUGCCCAGGUGUGAUAUGCAUGCCUGUCCAAUUUCAUACAACACUAUUAUGAAAGUGAUGCCCAUUUGUAUUGUGAAAGCGAUGUUGGAUUUAGGAGAGCUCUUAGCCACUCGUCACCUUUUGAAGACAACAGAUUCUGCAUUUCUUCCUUCUCUAUCUGAAGCAGGCUGUGAUACCACUUCUGGCAAUAACUGAAAUUUCAACAGAUAUAAAGAUAAUUACAAAGGAAAAUUAUACCAAAUGCUGUGUUUUCCUUUUUAUUUUGGAGAGGGAGUAUAUUAAAUAACAUUACCAGAUGAUAAUUACACUGUUUGUUUUUAAAUCACAUUAUUAGGUUGCUGGCAGUUCAUCACUGCUGUUGCUUGAUGUUUCACAACAGUUAGCAUGAUGCCUGGAGUUAGGUUUCUAGACUACGUUUCAAAUUUUAAAGGACUACUAGAAGAUCCUUGAAUCUGAAGACCUAUAUUGUAGUGUUCUAAAAGAGCUGGCUGCAAGCAUAGUGGAUGCAUUGGUUGUGAUUUUCCAGAAUUUUCUAGAUUUCAAACCAUUUCUGCAGUUUGGAAGUUGGCGAACAUAAUACUGAUGGAACUCCAGAAAGGAGUAAGAGGGAACUUCAGUCAAGUCAUUUGUCAGGAAAACACUGUUCAUAUUAUUGCUAUUAUUAAAGAAGCCUUAAUAAUCACUUAGAAAAUCAAAGCAUGAUGAGACAGUCAGCAUAGCUUUAUCGUCAGGAAAUCAUACUUGACAAAUUUAUUAGAGUUUUUGGCUAAGAAGGGUAGAUAAAGGUAAGCCAAUUGAUGUAGUAUUCUGAAUUUACAAGAGCUAUUCAAUAAAGUCCCAUGAUAAGGACUGACGGAGUUGGGACAAAUGAGGCAUUUUAAAAAUGGCAAAUUGCAAUUAGUAGAGUGCCACAAGGAUUAAUGCCUCAGCUAUUCAUAAUAUGUAUUGAUUACUAUUGGUUUCUUUGUCUAAAUUAUGUAUCCAGGUUUCCUGCUGCAAGCUGAGGAGCACACAAAGGUAUCUAGACUGAUUAAUUGAUUGGGCAGCAAGAUGGUUGACAGACUGUCAUGUGGAGGUGUCUAAGGUAACAAGAAUACAAAAGCAAAAUUCUUUUUAAAGCCAUGAGACUUUUAAAUGUUUGCAUUCAGAGAGACCAGACCUGGCUACUUUUGAACAAGGAGCACAAGCUAGUGUGAAGAGAAAAUACAGCAAGGAAUUACAGAGGUAACCUGCAAUAUCCCUGAGCACUAUGUUGCAUUGUGAAGACUGUCAGUCAAGUGGGCUCUUUCCUGGGCACUGUUUUAUAAUUGGUUGAGUGAAGUUGCACAGGAGCUACAUGGAUCAGAUCCUACAAGAGUUGAGUAUUUCUCUCCCUUUCUGGUUUGCUUGCUGCUGUCCAUAGUAAUCCAGGCAAACAUUUGUAAUUACCUGAGGAUAAUGUUGUCAGGGUGAACAUAUAAUGAGCUGUGGUUUGCAAACGUCAGUGUUUCCGGUCACUAGUCAUUACCCAGUGGAAGUGAUCUAAAAUCCUUUUGUUAAUCCGGUUGUUUCAGUAAUCCUCGAAGCAAUAAAAUAUUGUAUAAGGAAACAUGUAGUCCUUUUUUUAAAAAGGAAGCAUUGUUGUUGAAUUCAGAGGUGGUGGAGACUGUAUAUGUUGACACUGCUUUUGUUAAUAGCUCAGGCCACGUUGAUAUUGUGUUCAAUAAAGUAAUCUCUUCACCUCAAAGUGAACGUAAA